CGCUGUAUCUGACCGUUCAAUCGACGAUUUGCAAGAAUGCCACCGAAAGCGAGCGGUAAAGCCGUGAAGAAAGCCGGCAAGGCUCAAAAGAACAUCAGCAAGACCGACAAGAAGAAGAAGCGUAAGAGGAAGGAGAGUUAUGCCAUUUAUAUCUACAAAGUGUUGAAGCAGGUGCACCCGGACACCGGUAUCUCCAGCAAAGCCAUGAGCAUCAUGAACAGUUUCGUCAACGAUGUUUUCGAACGCAUUGCGGCCGAGGCGUCGCGAUUGGCUCAUUACAAUAAACGCUCCACCAUCACCUCCCGGGAGAUCCAGACUGCCGUCAGGCUGCUCCUACCGGGCGAAUUGGCUAAGCACGCAGUCAGCGAAGGCACAAAGGCGGUGACCAAGUACACCAGCUCGAAGUAAAUUGGGAAAUACACUUGGGACUUACGAACGGCCCUUUUCAGGGCCAACAAAUCCCUCAAACGUUGACUCACCUGGUCGUGUUUCAGCUU